AUGUCACCUGAUCGUGCUUCGGUGCACUCGCCGGUGGAGACGAUUGCGCAGUCCAAGAACCUGGCGUCUGCUAUUGAUCCGACGCCGGAGAAGAGUGCGCCGCCUGUGGCUGUGGCGGGCAAGCCGAGGAGAGACGUGGCACGGGGCAUUGCACAAAGCAGCUCGUCCGCGUCCACGCGGAAGCGCAUGAUCUCCUUCUCCCCUGAGCGUGCUCCGCGGCCGGAGAACAGAGCGCUGGCGUUGAAGAAGCUGGAGAAGAACCUCAAGACCAACGAGAAGCUCCAGCAACGCUUGGAAGCGCCAACGCCCGUGAAAGCGUCUGCGCCGUCACGAAUGUCGUCCCCUGCUGCAGCAACCCCGGUGCGACGACCUAUUAACUUUGCGAGCCCUCAGGUACGCCGGCCGAUGACGUUCCAGAGUCCUCAGGCACGACGACCAAUGACGUUUGCAAGUCCACCGCCCCGAAGACCAGUCUAUGAAAGCCCCUUCACGGGUGCAUCUUGCUCGAUCCCGCUCAGUCAAACUGAGGAGCUGCAGUAUGAUUCACCAGACGAAGAGCAAACCGAAGAGAAAGCUGAAACCGCGCACUCGAACAACGACCUCAAGACCAGCGUGGUGGUGGAAGACGUUGUUGUUACGGACAAAGCUGAAGGUGUCGAAGCUACAGAAGAAGUUGAUGGCGUCGUCAUGCACUCCCAGGACGAGGUGGGCCUCUCUCAAGAAUCUGUCAGUGUCGCCCACAGCCACGCCGAUGAUCUCGCCCCUCUUUCCCAAGAAAGCAUGACUUCUCUUGCUGAUGUGGAACCAGCUACCGCGCACGCUGACACCUCAUCCAAUUCCUUCACGAGUACUUCCGUGAUCGGAGACGUUGGUUUAUUUAAUUGCGAGACAGACGUGGAGUACACGGGAGGAGUCUACGGUGAAGGAACGGACGGAAAGGUGACUGCUGCUGUGAUCAACGGCCAGAAGGUAGCUCUCAAGCGUGCUAAGCCACACGAAGGGUUCCCUGAGCAUGAGGCGAAGCACCGCGCUGCUCUUGAACUGCACUAUCUACGUCGGGUGCGCCACAUGAAGGGCUUUCUUCAGUGCCUUGGCCUGUGCGAUGCCAUCGAGCACACCUGCAUUGCGCUGGAGGUUAUGGACUGCAAGCUGAGCGACUAUUUAAGAAGAUAUGGCGUGAAUUCAGGGGGCUCCAAGCACCGCCGCUACACGCUGUCGUUUGAUGACACGAAGGCGAUGCUGAAGCAGAUCUGUUUGCCCAUGAUAACGUUGCAUGAAGAUAUCAAUGUCGCUCACGGUGAUCUGGCAUGUCGGAACAUCCUCAUGCGCACUCCCCCAGAGGGCUACGAGCAGAGCUGGGAGCCUGACAUCAAGCUCUCUGACUUCGGUCGUAUCAAGCUCCCGUCGGACGAGCCCAAGAUCCUCGACAGCCCCUUCAGCUUCCACAAGAACUGCGACGUCGGGGCCUUUGGCCGCGAAAUCCUGUACCGGUUGCUGGUAGGAGAGAUCGUGCCAAAAGAGUUUGUCGAAACUCGCAGUCUUCACAAGCUGCUCCAAGACGUGACGAUAACUCAAGUGCCUGAGGCCGCGAAGACGCGUCUCGGUCCAUACUACAACCUGUUCAUGCGCUGUACGGCGUGGGGAGUGCGGCCGACGUUCCGCGAGAUCUACGAGCACCUGGACGACCUGCAGUACUUCGAGACGACGGAGAACGGGCUCUUCCCGUUGAAGCCGACGGACGCGACCUUCAUGUCCCCCGUGGCUGAUGGUUCUAGCCGUCACAAGACGCCGACAUCCAGCGCCUCAAGAGCGCACAAGCGUGAUACCCCGACCAGACGUGGCCACCGUCCGUCCGGCCCAAAGUCGCGACUGUUCUCUUCCAAGGCCGUUAACGAAGCGAACGUCCCGGGCUCGAACAAGCCGGUCAACUGGCUGAAGACGCGCUCGGUUGGCGUCCAGCGCCCCGUAGCGCAACAAACCUUGACGCCGAACUCAGCGCACCCUAUGCUUAUCAAAAAGAAGAGGAAGACGCCACCGUCCGCCGGUGCGGGCGCGUCGCGGCGCUCCCUCCAGAUCCUCAACCAGAUCCAGCAUAGAACCAGUGAAAAGGGCCGCAAGUCGACGUGA